AUGGAGCUGCAGAAGCGGGUUAGGAUCUACGAAUUGGGUUCUCUGCCGCCGUUUCUGUUGGUGUUCGCCGGGGUGAUUGUGCCAGUGAACCACCGGUGGAAUCAGCACGGCCUGGGAGGGGACAAUUUCAGGGGAUGGUGGAGGAGCAUCUGCGAGAGCAGUUCGGCGUCGGCGGAUGGUUCGAGUGUGGGGAGCUCGGAGGUGACUGCGGAUGCGGAGAAGUUGCGACGGCGGAGGAGGAAGGUAGUGGUGGCGAGGGCUCGAUCUCUGUUUAUUUUUCAGGGGGUUGUGUCUCGGUUUUGGGUUUGGUCAAUUAAUUGGGUUGGUUCGCGGGUUGGGCAAGAAGGGCUGACAUGGCGGGUAAAUAUGACGUGGCGGGUCGGGUCGUCAUUUUUUAGUGUUAAAUUAUGCUGA